AUGCCACGUGGAAGAGGUGCCUCACGUCGUCGUGGAAAUCUUAGGCAACAGGUUGAUCAUAUGAGAAACCAGACCCGUUCACAUUCUCACCCUAGGCAUGUUCCACCUUCCCAACCAGAACCACAGGACAGGGCAAACUUACAUGACAUGGUCAGCUUACAUCAAGCACAAGAUACCCCCAUGUACCCUCAAGCUGAACCACAACACAUGAAUUUUCAUCAAAUGCCAGUUUCAUUAAAUCAACCACCUGUUUCGACCAUGUCACAGCAAAUUCUACACCAGCAGCAACAAUUUAUUCCUACAAGUACAUUGUAUCCUUUAUCAGGAGCUCAGGCGCAAUACAUGAUGCAGUUUUCUGGUGCCCUGCAACCACAGCCACAUCUACGCAUUGAGCAUCCUCCGGAACAACCGCAGCUUCAACUACCUAUGAAGCAACAACUGCAGCCUCAGCCACGCUUGGAACCUCAGCCAUAA